AUGCCGACGUCGACUUCUCCCUCUCCUCCCUCCCGGCCUCCCCCUUCUUCGCCCGAUCCCUCCGCUGCAGACUCGCCAACCGAUACUCCGCCUCCUCUCAUUAGCCCUGCCGAGCCCCUCCCUUCCGUCGAUGACGAGAUCGACCUCUCGACCCUCCGCUUCCUCUCUGCCUCCCUCAAGUCUCUCUACCUCCCAUGGCUCUUCCGCCUCGUCGUCUUUACCGCUCUCGCCAAAAUACUUCGCGUCGUAUGGCCGUACUUGUUCCGCUUCGUACGAUACAUCUUCGGCCACAUCUGGACGGCGCUCGGAUGGUUGGUGAGGGUGUUGGCGUGGACAGCAAUGUGGGGCGGGCUGAUCGCGACAGUGGUCUGGUUGCUGGCAGGUAUUGGAGGAGCGGUGGCGUACGCGGGACUGAGGGCGAAGCCUCGCUGGCGGGCGUUCGCGCGAGACAAGCCGCUCGCGGCUCAAAUUGCGAAGAAGGGGGCGGGAUAUGGCCUGCUGUGGCUCAUCCUGCGGAAGGUGCUGUGGACUUGGGCAGUCAAGGCGGUCGUCGUGGUAUGCGCCGGAUGGGAGGGCUACGCGUUCUUCAACCGAAGAGCGGCCGCCUCAUCUCGACUAUCGUCUUCCGUUCCUGCCUCCGCCUCGAGCUCUUCCGCCACGUCAACAUCCCCUUCCGCGCUGAAUCAUCCAGCAGACGAUGCAACACCAUCUACGUCACCCGAAGACGCGGACGACGAGGAACUCGAGCGAUAUGCGCGGCAGAUCCGGGAGGAAAUGCUCAGGGACAGUCUGCUGCGUCGAGGGCGGAAGGCGGCGUCGGGAGAGCGUGCGGAGCGAGCGGACACUGAUGUAGACGAGGCGCAGGAUGCGGCGACAGACGAGGGAGCGUAG